CAGCAACUUAAAGAGUGAGAACUUUUGAUUCAUGGCACGUGACUAAGAUGAGAUUGUUGAUAAGAUUGCGUACCCACGUGCGUCUUGCGAAUGAUUUUCUCAUCUUUCCGCAAAAUGAAAAGACGUCUUGCUCACCGUCAUAUCCCAUCCCCUUUAUUUUCUCUCUGGCUUCCAGGGCGCGACUGGUCAAGCUUCUGAGGACACAUACUAGUAAAAUGACAGAAAAUGUACUAAUCGGAAUCAUCGGAGGGAGCGGGCUCUACCAUUUGGAUAAUCUGACCUUUGUAAAACAUGCGAAUCCCGAAACUCCUUGGGGCUUUCCUUCAUCACCCAUCUCGAUCUGUUCACUUCCCUCUGGAAUCCAAGUUGCUUUCCUUGCACGACACGGAACAGGACAUACCAUUUCUCCAUCUGCAGUUCCUGCACGAGCCAACAUUGCUGCUCUAAAAUCUCUGGGAGUUCGCGCCAUCGUCGCCUUCUCUGCCGUUGGAUCCCUUCGGGAGGAUAUAUCUCCCGGAUCUUUCGCUUUGCCUACUCAAAUCAUUGACCGAACCAAGGGUGUACGCCCGGCAUCCUUUUUCGAAGGUACCUCUAUCGUCGCCCAUGCCAGCUUCGGUGACCCAUUCAGCGGAAAGCUGGUAUCUUGGCUGGAGGAAAGAGUACGCAAAGCCUUAGAUCAGGAGGGGCGAGGCGUGAAACUGUUCACCGACAAAUGUAUCGUCUGCAUGGAAGGACCACAAUUCUCCACUCGUGCAGAGAGUAUCAUGUACCGUCAAUGGGGUGGAGACUUGAUCAAUAUGAGCGUGCUUCCUGAAGCCAAGUUAGCUCGCGAGGCAGAGCUUAGCUACGCAUUGAUUGCUACAGCUACCGACUACGAUGCAUGGCGUCCUCACUCAGGAUGCGCCAAUGCAGAGACGUCGCGGCUCGUGGCUGCAACCGUGUUGGAUGAACUACAUGCUGCUAUUAGCGCUAGUGGGGAAAAUUUCCUCUUGGAACAAGUCGGAUCCAUGAGCUUCUCAAUUAUGCCGCGGUCGGAGAAACAGAAUCCCGAGCAUCGCAAGAAGCUGGCUUACGUCCUCCCUGAGUACUUUAGCGGCGAACAAGUGAACUGAGAUGAGAAGGAAUAGACACCGCAGAUUUACUAUGUUUUGAAUAUAGAUGCUUUAGAUUUUACGAUCGUCUGAUACCUGGAUACACCUUGGCUUACUCAGAAUUUCUCGCUCACUACAAAUUUCUUUAAGACUUCAAGCAGAAUACAUAUUUCGGCUGAUGCCGCGACCUUAUGAUCCACUGUGUCAGUGUAAUGAAGCGGGCAACGGAUGGGCAAGGUUACACAAGCCUUAAUGAAUCAUGAUGGCUUUCAAAUCCACACUGCUCCAUUGAAACGGAAUCAAGUUCCUAAGGAUGACAGCACACCUCCGUGUGGCGUGAUGCAGAGAACGAUGGUGCGAUGCCAAUGA